UUAAAUUCAAACUGGUUGGGGAAGUUUAUUAAAGUUUUUUUUUUUCAACCUGCUCACCACAUUUACCUUGCUAAAAUUCCACAGUCAGGGAGACUUAAUCAGUGGGGAAGCUCAUCAGUAGAGUUUUGUGUGAUCAUGGAGCCACCAGUUGUAUAAUUUUCUUAUAAUUCCUCAAUAAUGUCCAAUUCAAUGUAUUUGUUACAAAUUUUUGUGAUUCUAAGUAUUGUUUGUACUGUGAUUUCUCAAAGAUACGAUGUGUGCGAAGAUUCAGGAUUAAGAUAUGUGUACAUAAAUGAAGAAUUGGAAUGGGCUGGUCUUGGAUGGGCAUGGACAUCAGAAACACUCAGAAGACACAAUGUAACGAUAGAAAUAGUGUUCGCAACAGUGAAGCCAUCAGAUCCCAAUAAUUUGGGAUCUAUCAAAAUACUAGCUUUCGUUCCAACCCUGAAUGAUAUAGAUGAACUCAGAUGGAAUAUGGCGUACGAAUGGAUAUUCCCAACACAGAAUCCACUACCGGAUGUACUAGAUAUAAUAUGGAAUGGUGAUAGUAUAUGUAAUAGUACUGGUAAGUUAGGCAAAUCUUGCAUUCUACAGUUUUCUAUUAGUAGAUUAGUUUUUAUAAUUUAUUUAGCUGUGAGAACUCCUGAGAAACCUUAUGUAGUAAGAGUACAGGCAGUCUACAAUGAUUACACAAAGGAAAGAUCGUUUUCUGCUGAAAUUGUUGAAUCCCCAGAAACUACAACAACUCCUGCUCCAAUAUCUCUAUAUGUAAAUGAUGAUGAUAGUGAAACUGUGGGAUGUGGUAGAGUAGAUACAUCGAAUAUUUAUGUGCCAUUAGUUUUGGAAGGACAGACUAUAGAAAGAGGACAGUGGCCAUGGUUGGUCUCAGUUUACUCUUAUUCAAAUCUGAAAUUAGGAUUCCAAUGCGGAGCUACACUCAUCUCCAAUAAAUUAGUUGUAACGGCUGCUCAUUGCUUCUUCGAUGUCAACAACCGACAAGUAAAUUCUGAAGAUGUUCUUAUCAUCCUAGGACAGUAUAACCUUAAAAGACCCAAAGAUGAAAGAACAAAAAUCGUAUACCCGGAAAGCGUCAACAUACACCCAAAAUAUAAGAAGCACAACAAAAUUCACUCAGACAUUGCAGUUGUUGUUAUACCUGAGCGCGUUCGUUUUACAACGUACAUCAGGCCUGCUUGCCUCUGGAAGGGUCCUGAAACGAAAACUAGUCUUGUUGGGAAGACGGGAUUUAUUGCCGGGUGGGGUCGUGAUGAAAAUGGAAACUUCUUCACGGAACUUCCGAAACAAAGUGAGAUUCCUGUGGUUUCAGACGAAACCUGCUUACGCUCUAAUGAAGCUUUUGUCAGAAUUACUUCGGAGGUGACUUUUUGCGCUGGAUGGCGCAAUGGGACGGAAGGUCCUUGUAAUGGUGACUCGGGAGGACCUCUUGUUUUUGAAAAGGAUGGUCGUUGGACUCUUAGAGGAGUUGUUUCAACAUCCUUACUCACUGAUGGCAGCAAUACCUGCAAUCUCAAUGAAUACGUCGUCUUCACAGAUGUGUCACAAUUUACAGAUUGGAUUACUUCUUUUGAUACAGAUUAUUCAUAUUAGAUGAUAUAAAAUAGCUAUCUGG